AUGAUCACUCGUCCCUUUUACGCUUAUGUUAUAGCCACAGAUAUUGGUACUGUACGCUACGGUCACAAUUAUUUUUCAGUGGUGCAAUUUUUCGUGUUACCACGUCAUCGACGAAUAUUUCUAAUACUUUCUUUAUUAUGGGUGGUGAUAAACAUGUGUGUUCUGUUGAUAAUCAAUAUGGACGCAAUCAUUGCAGAUCACACAUUUAUUUGUUCAUUAAUUUCGUUCCUUCUGCAACAGUUGAUGAUCAGUUGCGUAGGAAUUGUGUCGGAUUCGAACGAGGCAGGAAAUCGAGCUGACAUUGCUAUGAAACUCACUGAAGCUGUUUAUAGAAGAACUGAAUUGGAAACCUUGAAGGAUCGACAGGAUCAACUUCUUCUAUCCGUGAUUCCUGCAUACCUUACGGAUAAAGUCAGUAAAAGCAUCAUUCAAUCGAGCAGUACGUCAGCACAUCGGAUAAACUCAAAGCAUCACAAACUUUUCCAUGAUUUGCACGUGCAAGUGCACGAUAAUGUGAGUAUUUUAUUCGCUGAUAUUGUAAACUUCACGGUACUGGCAGCACAGCUGACCGCGAAAGAUCUCGUCAGAACCCUCAACGAGUUGUACAGUAAAUUCGACAAAGAUGCACAA